AUAUUGAUCUUUUCCAACACUUGAUUUUUUUUCUGUUUCUGAUAAUUAUCAAUCUGUGGCACUUUGAAUGAGUAGUUUCAUUCUGAAAUUCCGGGUGAUCCCACAAAUAGCUGUACUGUCUUGAAUAGUAAUCCAACGAGCUGAUAAUCAAUCAUUAGCGUUGAAAUCGCAAAUUAAAGUAGCCUUAGGACGCUUUUGCUCAUCAAAAUUGAGGAAGAUUUUUUAAUCUGGCGUCAGUUUCUGUAACUGUAAAGAGUUCUGAAUUUAAAAUAAGUCAAUUAAUGGCACUCUAGUCAGGAAGCCGACGGCAACAAUGGUAUUAACAAUACAUGUACAUAAAGAACCCAUAAGUUAAGUCUUGGCUUGAAAUUUUCACGCAAGCUUUUUUUUUCUCCUCUCACUGUGAAAUUCAUUUCUGCCCACUUGUUUUGGGCUUCACCUCAAAUAUUCUGCAAACCGCCGGGUGCGUCUCUUUUUGAUUGAGAGAGGGCGGUGUCGGGUCCCCCUGCAAAAUUACUCUGCCCUGUAAUGACAGUGCUGAAAUUUCAGGCCCCAGUGACCGAUAACAAAACUAAAUUGACUUCGUUUUCACGGUCUUGGAGCUUUGUGUGCCAUCUGUUGGUAACAACUAGAAAAUACAACUGCCUGUGACAGAACUGGACUAAAAGUUGCGUAAUUUGACACAAUGUUAUGGCGCCACCAAAUUUCUCUUCCUGCAAGUGAAAGUAUGUACGCUGGUGUCCUGGCAACAGACAACACAUGGACACACUUGAGCCCAUGGGGGCGCCAAAUAUCGCAUCAACGAGCCGGAGUUAAGACAGAUACCCUGUCCUCUCACCGUGUCCUUUGAAUUGCGGUAAAAUUAGAGCCUGUUGACGUAAACUGGCGAUUGAGUGGGUGAUUGAAAGCGGGCAACAAGUGCAAGUGGGACGUAAAUGUGAUUGAUUUUCAAGUGAAUUUUGCAGCUGGAUCAGGUCAUCAUUAUGAAAUCGUGAGCUGUCAAACGGAGUUGCUCAAGCAUUCACACCAGCACAGAUGUUUCCAACUACAAGUAUCCAGUUAGGAUAGAAGAGCCUUCCAAGCCCUUGGUGCUGUUCUUCAUUCAAGGGAUGACAUUCUGAUCAGCCACUGAAUUAUAUUCUGCCAUACUCAAGUGCAAUCAUGUUAGAUCCCAGUCUGCCCUGGUUAGCCGUGGGCUACCGCAACUUCAAGCAGGAAGACUUCUGCCAGCGACAGAUCCGGGAUGAGAUGAGCAAGUACCGUGUCGAUGCGACCGACGUCCGGAGCAUGUUGCGCUCUUCUACUCCACAAGGCCAGCAGCGGAGGCGGGUAAAGAGUGCCACGACGGCCCGCUUUGCCAGCCGCAGUGUCGACAGCUUGUUCAACAGGCCUGUGCCAGCGCGGCCAAAGAGUGCCCAGUUGUUCCACCGAAGUUAUUCCCAUCACCAGGACGUAGAGCGGUCGCCUGCCUCAAGACAGCCACCCCGCCCACGGAGCGCAAUCCUGCCCCACCACCGGCCCUCAGCAGCACAGAACCGCAGCGUGACUGCCGUGGAACGGCAGCAUCACGCAGAGCAGACAAUCAAGCUCUUCAUGGAUGAACGGGAAUCCAGGUGUGCCUUUUGUCCUGUGGAAUGCCGUCCCAAGUCUAGCAGCAGCAAUAGGCCGACAUCAUCAACUGGUCUGGUUGCGGCCCACGUGCCCUCACACUAUGAUAGAUACAUCUUCUGGACCAGACCAAGAACUGCCCCAGCUACGAAAAAGGAAUUUCUUCAGCUACCAAGACACAACAAUAUAAGGCGAGGGACUGUUCCGCAUUACACCAACUUUGUUAAACGGGUGGAGCUGGGUCUACGAGACAGGACCCCGUCCCCGCCCCCCAGGAGGCGGAUCGCGUUUGAGGACGAGUCAGGCAAGCGGCACUCUCCUUCCCUGGAGUCAUCGUCAAGUGCCGAUGAAGAAGAAGGGGAGUUAGUUCUAUCUGAGGAGGAGGAUGAUGAGGAUGAAAUAGAAGAAGAUGUGUCAAUCCGCAUCCCAACACCUAUCGAACCUCCUCCAGAUGAUGGACCAGAGGAACCACCCUCUGAGGAGGGACGUGAAGCCUGGACACAGCCCAAGGCACCAACUCCAUCCCCAGCACUGUCUGGCAGAAACAGUCCUGAACUAGAUGUACCGGAGACAUCACCUGUUGAUGAACCAGAAGAGCCCCCGCCCCCAAGGGAACAAAGCCCACCCCCAAGAGAUCCCACCCCACCCCUAAGGGAGCCUACCCCACCUCCCAGCGAGUCCACCCCUCCCCCAAGAGAACCAACUCCACCCCCUAGGGAGCCCACCCCUCCACCGAGAGAGCCCACCCCUCCGCCAGAACCCAAACCCAAGAAGGAGGUGAGAAUUCAGGAGACGCCAGUGCCUCCUCCGGCAAAGCCCAAGACGGUGCCCCAGACGCCGGAGAAGAAGACCAAGUCAUGCCUUGCCAAGAAGCCAGAGGUCCCCAAGGAUGUCCAGCCACAACCCAAACCACCAACACCUGAACCCGCCCCAAAAGUGGUUGAGGAAGUUGCUACGCAGAUGGAAGAUAAACGUACUGAGAUUCCGCCCUUGGCUACAGAAGAGGAGAGUACUGAAGAUGCCCAGACAGUGCAAGACGCUGCCCAGGAGGAACCAGGAGAACCGGAGCCAGAACAAACUGGUGAUUUGGAAAAGCUAGCCCCUGAAACAGAAGACAAGCUGGAAAAGAAGAAACUUGGCCCACCACCAAAAUACAAGGUGGACUUGUUUGGUGUCGAUUCUCAGGCCAUGAAAGACUUGCUGGAUAUGGAGAUGAGGAUGAGACGGAAAGGUCCGGGGAGCCAUGUGUCUGACACGGAGUCCGCCCCACCUGACAUUCCAGAACACCUGCUCAGGAGGAGGCAGCCUUGGCAACAGGGUCGGCUAGCCCUGUCCCGCCGUGCUUGCCGGUUCGAGCUGCCCAUGGAUGUCCACCUGUUGGAAAACAUGAGCCCCACCGAGUACCUGCAAAAGUACUGCAUUGUCAGCAAGAGGCGACAGGCCAUGUAUCGCCGGGCGUUCAGCAAGGUCGACCGGAGCAACAGCAUGAAGAUUAACAAGAAGGAGUUCAACAUUGCUGUCUUGGAGGCUCUGGUGGAUACUGUUAACACAGAUCAGAUCCAAGAUGCACUUCAACUGCUUGAAGCAGACAAUUUCACCCAGUUUGGUCCCAAACUCUUCUGUGCCAUCUGUUCUCUUCUGGAACGGUUACACUACAGCGAUUAUGUAACUGAAGACACCAUUGAUCAGGAGAGCCUGGUAGCAAAGGAGCGAGUGGAAGAUGCAGAUUUCCUUGCCCUGGAUUGGAAACUUGAUGGUUGUGUCAUCAAUCCCUCACUAAAACGCCUCCUGUACAUGCUGUGAGCAUGGCAAUGCAGUAUAUAGAAGAUCUCUCUUAACUGCUUGGCCAAUAUAUCCCAUGGUCAAUCUUCACAGCCUGGUGAGAUUGUUUUCCGCCAGUCCACUAGUUUGUACUCUGUCAGAGGAAAUGUUGUGCAUCCAGGUUUUUUAGAUUUACAUGUAUGGUGUAUGUAUGUCUCAUGAGGGUUAACGAAUCCUUCAUCGGUAGUGACUGUGAUGGAGGGGUGACUUUAUAACAAAAACUGCUCCAGGGUUUAUCUUCCGCAGUGGUAAAUAUGACAGUCAAUGCAAGUUGUCCACUUAUCCUAACGUAGGAGAUUACAUUAGGUUAAAUGUUGGAGUGUUGAUAGUAAGAAAAGCACUUCCCCACUUGGUUCAGUAUUAACUUAACAUUCUAGACUAUUUCAGUAUUUGGAUAGUAUUUUAUAAUGCAGCUUUGGAAACUGUUAAACCAAAGAUAUCAUCUGUCAGAUGCAGCUGCCCUUAAGUGUAUACAUUUUCUAUUCAUUUUCCAACCAGUGUCUUUUGAAGAGUUUUCCCAAAACGCUCACUUGGGGCAGUAGUGUUAUCAUGUUAGCAAUGUACUUGUACAUUUGUGCACACAAGUCAAUUACAUGUAGUCUCACUUUCCAUUGGUGUCUGAAAGAGACCAGGAUGUUCCAUGCCUCUGUGAAAUUUUGCUUUUACAACAUCAUUCAAAAGAAGUACACCCCAUGGAAGUAACAUGUACAAGACCUUUGAGGCCUUUUGCAACUAGUGUACUUGUUUUGUUACAAGUGACUAUUUAUUUGUUGUAUAUUCGAAAUACCGGAACUAGUUGUAUUUUUCAAAGGCUCACUAAGUUGCAAGCAAUUUUAUGUAGCACGUGUUGAGUCUUUAUACAUAUUUUGUUUGAAUGUCAAAUGUAAGAGUUUUGUCGUGGAACAAACGUGCAUGUAAUUUACUUGUUGACAAUGGAGUACUGUUUUUUUUAAACAUAAAUGCACACCAUGUUCAUUUUAAUACAUGUAUAUAAUGUAGUUUGUAUAUAUUUUUUUACAGAGCAAAGAGAAUACUUUGGAAUAAAAUACCAAACAUUAGACAUAUAAACUACUGUUUACAAAUGGGCAUGGUUUCCUUUUUCAGUUCUCUGAGGCUGUUGUUUGUUUAUGUUACAUGUAUCUGUUGGGUUGUACACACCCUUUGCAGGACGCAAUCUUUGUUUGAGUCAUAUUCCCAGCGGAGAAGGGUAUUCCUUCAUCAGUCUGGAAACCUUGUCCGUGUAUUUGAAAGAAAAAGUUGAUGGUGCAUACGAACUCACUAAUUUGCUGUGAAAUUUGUUCACAUUAUAUUUCCAAUAUUUGUUUUCUAACAUUUCUAAGUUUUAAAAAGUUAUUACUCAAUUAUUUCAAUAUUCUCUGUUAUCCGUCGGAAGUCAUGGGAGCAGAAAGUAGAAAAAAAUUUGACAUUGCCUUUCCUGAACAAUUCAAAAAUUUACUUCCGAACAAAUGAAUUGUUCAAACCAAUUCAGUGUAUUCUCAUCUGUUGCUAGACUUCAUAUUGACCACAUAUUUAUGUACAGUUUUUCCUUAGACCAACUGUAUACAGACGUGAAAAAGUUUGGUUCGCCGCAUUUAUUCACUUUGUGAAGACGUUCCAGCCAAACCCACUUUCAAAUAAUUUCUUGACAUAAUUGUCGAUAUCACAGUCGGCAAUUGCCUCACACAAAAGUCUACUUAUGCAAAGACGUAUACAUUUUCAAAGAGUGAAGUAUAUUUUUCUCAAUUUGCUUUUUACAGAUACCUUUCAUGUACCAUAAUAACUGUAACUGCUGAGGUCAGAUAACUGCCUAUGAAUUACUCAGAAUUACCAGUUUAGAAACAGAGUUGUUCACCUGGAGCUUCCUUCCUCACGUCAACAAUGGACCGUUCGCCAACCAAAACCUAUAAUGCACGCAGUGAACAGUCUGUUCUCUGUGUCUGCAGCAGUGCUAAAUUAGGUGUUUGUCGGGCCCUAAUAUGCCCUCAUGUAAUGUAUAAACUAGACAAAUCCUUAGUUUUCUACAAUUCACUCAUUGUCAGCACUACCAUUUCACGAAAAAAAUACACUGGACAGCAAAAGAAACUUGCCACUUCUGUCAAAGGCCGCACAUAAAAAUUCACUCCAUAGAAAUAAACAAUUUUUGUACACAGGCAUGCUGCAAUACCCCUCACUAAUCAUAUGCCCAAGAGCAAGUGAUUAUCUUUAUAACAAAGAAGAAAUUGAUAUGCACAGCAUUUUAGUUACUGGAUCAAAAGUCACAGAACGUAACAGAAUGAGCCUUAAGUUUUACGCAGAGAUCAAUGUCACAGGACGAAAUAAAGAAGUUACAAUCAUUACUUUUCAAUAGUCAAUAAGGACGGCAUCCCUCUACAGAAACCAUUCAUGCACAUCAUUUUGACAAAACAGGUGUUCACUUUGUCACUGGUUGUCCAUUCAUGGGCCAUUUUUGCGUGGUGGAGAGUACUUUUGUAUGUGACUUUGAUUCGGUAACCAAGUUGCUGUGAAUGUCAAUUACUUCUUUAUUAUAAAGAUAAUCACUUGCUUUUGGGCAUGUGAUUAGUCAGGGGGUAUUGCAGCAUGCCUGUGUAAAAAAACGAAUUCAGACUACAUUAAACUAAACACCCUUGCACAAUUCAGAGGGUUAAAACUAAUAAAACAUUUUUUUAAUACAGAAUACAUGCAACUUGUUUAAG